AGCGCGCUGCGUGCCUUAUGGAUUCACUGUGAACAUGUUAUUAGUGCUUAUCACCACUUAGCGUUGUGUGUCCGGAGGCCGCUCGCGGUCAGCGGAGCGGAGUUUCCUGUUCGGGGGCAUGGUGGAGGAGGAGGAAACGUUGCAACGCAUCGCCGGGAGGUCCCGUGGGUCCUGUUUCGCACUCACGACAGCGCACUGACGACAGUCUGCUCCGAUCCGUCUAAGCGUUCGCUGUACGCCAGCAAGAACAUCAACGGUGAAAGAUGUUCUACGCACUUACGGACAUUUUCAAUCCUCUGGACAUAUUCUGGACUCUUGUUACAACUGCAAUGCUCCUCGCCAGUUGCUGCUACUUCGGCAAGAAAGAUGCUGCUCCUGGGCUGCUGACGGCGGCGAUGCUCUACGGCAAAGUGGCUGAAACAAACAAGAAAACUCGUCUCCUCAAAGGAAUUUCAAUUCCUAAAAGAUGGUUCAAACACUUCUAUCAGUUUGGAGUUGUCAUCUUUACCUCCUUUACUUUAAUUAUGGUGCAGUCAUAUGUUUUUGGUUUGCCACUGCCAGGCACAGUCAUUAAACUGGUCAAUUUCUUUGAGCCGAGGCCAGCUACGACUGUGUCAGCAACCAGCAUCCUCCUAGUCCAAGUGCUAGAGACAUGUCAGGUGUAUCGACGCUGCUACGAGUGCAUGUUUGUGUCAAUCUACUCUAAUGUGCGCAUGCACAUGUGGCAUUACCUCAUGGGUUAUUUCUUCUAUUUUGGAGUGCAGCUCACCAUACUGGCAAAUGCACCAAUCAGUUCAGGUUCUACUGUGCCAACAUUCUCUCUUUCAGAUAUCUCAGCACAUCACAUCAUUGGCACAGUUAUUUUCCUUUGGGCUUUCUGUGUGCAGUUUGACUCUCACAUUCGUAUGGCCUCCUUAAGGAAAGACAAUAAAGGAAACGUGGUCACACUGAAUCACAAGAUUCCCCAAGGUGGCAUGUUUGCAUAUGUCUCCUGUCCUCACUACAUGGCCGAGCUUGCAAUCUACUGUGCACUGAGCGUAGUCUUAGGCCAGCCCAACACUACCUGGUGGCUCAUGAUGGCCUGGAACUGGUCCAACCAAGUGGCUGUCUCUUUCUUUAGCCACAACUGGUAUCGAGAAAACUUCCCCAGUUACCCAAAGUGCAGAAAGGCAAUCAUACCUUUUGUUCUUUAGCUUUGUCUUAGAACAAUGUUUUGUCUUUGCACUGUUUAACCUUAGAAUGGAUAUAGCCAUUUGAAACAACUGACAAGUGCCUUUAAACGUGCAAGUAGUUAAGCUAGUUCUGUGGGAAUCAUCCCAGGCACAGUACAA